UAGGCGGAUAGGUGGGCCAACCACAUAAAAAACACGGUAAUUGCAUAGCAUUUGAUGAAAGAAACUUGUAUAAAUAAUUGAUCGUAUCAAAUAUCAUGGUAUCACCUCAAAAAUACAAACAAGAUCUAGAAUAGAAAAAGAGAGUUGAAAUUGAUCAAUGGCAGUAGAGGCUGUAGUGUCAGUUGUGUUACAAAAAUUAACUGAUAUGCUGGAAAGCCAAUCAUUAACCCAAAACAAACUCUUAGUCUAUGAAGUGCAGGAGAUUAUGAAGUCACUUGAUUCCAUGAGAGACCUGAUCAUGAUCUCCACAAAGGUGGUUAACCAGCAAGCAGAGGAGUAUCUUCAUGCUGUUUAUACGGUUGAGGAUGGGAUCGAGAAGUUCACCCUUAAUGUUGUCCGUCGAAGGAAGAUUUUCGGUUUCUUAACCAACCAUAUUUUCUUCUUUGACAACUUGAACUCUUGCGUUAGGAUCCACCAGAAGAUAAAGAAAACACUGAUGAAGCUAAAAGACCAUGAACAAGUACCAAAUGAAGCCAAAAAAGAGGAAAAGUGUUCAGAAACACGAGCAACGGAUCAUGUGAGUUUUAGCUACUCAUGCAAUGAAGAAGUGAUGCAGAUCGUCGGUAUCAAAGAACGUUUUCAGCAAAUGAAAAAUAUGUCGAGCUUUUCCUACAAAGAAGAAGAAAUGGGCAUCUUCGGGUUGAAAAAAGAUGUGGACGCUCUGGUGAACCAACUCAUAAACAACUGUGAACAUGUUGUUUUGAUUGUUGGUCAAGGAGGCGUAGGUAAGACUACACUUGCUCGCACAAUUUACAAACAUAGAGACAUCAAGCAGCUUUUUCAACUCCGUGUUUGGGUUUCGGUGUUGGAAGACUAUGCCACAAAAGACAUACUCUUAAGUGUGUUAAAAGCAAUGGAUAGCGCGACAGAUAAAUGCUCUAAUAAGGAUGAUGAGGAAACAAUGAAGUUUAAGGUCUCAGAGUACCUCAAGAACAAGAGGUACUUGAUCAUCUUAGAUGGUGCAAAUAGUUAUUCAGAUAUUUUGGAAGACAUAAAAGAAGCAUUCCCUGAUGUAAAAAAUGGAAGUAAGCUGGUCUUGACUUCAACACAGAACAUGGAAUUGAAAACUACACAUGUCAACUUAUUUUUGCAUUGUAUGAUGCCUCUAAGUGAAGAUGACAGCUGGAAAAUGUUUAAAGAGAAAGUUGGAAGACAAAAUAGUUGGGAUCUUGUUACCCCUGAAUCAAAGCAGGCCAUUUUGCUGAGCUGCAAGGGUCUACCCCUGAAUAUAGUCCUGCUUGCAGGUCUUUUCUCGUUGACGGAUCCAAAUCGCUGGUCUCGGAUAUUCUCUGGUAUGCAAAACUCUACGGAUGUGUUGUCUCUUUGCUACAAUGACUUGAGUGACAACCUGAAGGUAUGCCUGCUUUAUUUAGUGCUUUUCCCUAAAGAAUUUGACAUUCCUGUAAGGAGGUUACUGCGGUUGUGGGUUGCUGAAGGCUUUGUGAAACAUAAUUCUACACAUGUAUAUCUUGAAGAUAUUGCACAAACUUAUUUUGAAGAGUUAGUUAACCGAAACAUGCUUCAAAUAUCAAAACUAAGGUCUGACAAUAGCCCAAGACGAUGUUUCGUGCUUGGAGUUCUGCAUGAUUAUCUCUUGGUGAAAGCCAAAGAAACCAAUCUUUUUCACACAUAUCAUAACUUGAUUAAUGGUGAAGACAAUUCGUCUUUGAAAGUUCGCAGGAUGGUUGAGUAUGAAAGCCCAAAGAGGGAACAAGUUAGCAAAAAUAUUUCUUUCCAUAAGAAAUCACAGGCUAAGAGUUCUUUGUUUAAUCCCUCUAACCUGAGGUCUUACGUGUCAUUUAACCAUCAACAACCAGAUUAUAUGCAGGCUAAUCGAAUUGGAAAUUUUCUUGGAAAUAUUAUAAAUGAUGGUCUUGGGUUAUUACGCGUGCUUGACUUAGAGGGCGUAUAUAAACCGAUCUUGCCUGAAAAUAUUGGUAAUUUAUGCAACUUGAGGUACUUAGGUCUAAGAUUGACAUAUUUGGAUAGUCUCCCACCAUCAGUUGGUGAACUAACCCAUUUGGAAACCUUGGAUCUGAAACAUACGUGCAUAGAUGAGCUACCAUGUUCCAUUUUGAAGAUGAAGAAACUCCACCAUCUCCAUCUUAACGAAAUGCGUCUUAAUAUGCAGCUUCACUCUUCCUUGAAGCUCUUGACGCUAUGGGGAUUGUUCUUGGACAAGAAAGUCCCUAUAAAAGAUGGUUUAGAUAAGCUGGAUCAUCUUAGAGAAUUAGGUAUUACAUUCCACUUACCGUCCAACCAAGAAGAUUUAAUGAACUGGAUCGCCAACCUAACAGAUCUACGGUCUUUAAGGUUGCGAUCCAAAGAUAAUUUAGGAUACCCUUCAGAUCUCAUGUUCAGAUCAAUGUCGAAUCUAGGCCAGCUUUCCCACCUAAACUUGUUGGGGAGGUUAGAAAAGCUUCCUGAUUACAAUGAGUUCCCACCAACACUUAAGGUUUUGACAUUGUCAAUCUCGUUGCUAAAGAGUGACCCUAUGAAAACAAUCGGUCAACUUCCCUGCUUAACGGUUCUUCGGCUCUUGGGACAAUCCUACGUAGGGAAAGAAAUGGUUUGUGUUCAGGGGGGAUUUAGUAGGCUUAAAGUGCUGAAAAUGUGGAUGCUGAAGGAGUUGGAAAGCUGGGUUGUUGAAGAAGGAUCAAUGCAAAGCCUCAAACAUCUAGAGAUUAGGUGUUGCGAGAAACUACAUAGCAUUCCAAUGACGCUAUUGCAACAGCCGCAAUUAGAAAACCUGGUUUUGACUGGCAUGCCACAAGAAUUUGCAACUGAUGUCGAGCGUUUAAAAUCAGAUCACACCUCCAUGACCAUCAAACAAUGGAAGUUUCCUCCAUUACCUUGACAGUGGGAACAAGGUGAUUCUACUUUGGUGAACCAUAGCUAAACUUUAAAGUUAAAGCAUGUUAUAUCAAUAUGAAUAAUCAGCUAAAGAUUUCAAGAAGACAUUAAUAAGCUAUUUGUAAUGAUCUUAUAUUGAUAUUGUCCAUGUGUAAUAAUAUAUUCUAUAUAUUGAGUCUCUGUGUAAUAUUAUUUUACUUUCAUAA